AUUUCCAAAUGGAUGCUCCAAAAUGAACAAACGAUACUCCAGAAAAGACAGUGAUCAAGUCUGAAAAAUCAGAGUCAAAAUCUGUUGAACAAAGCACAAAAGCUUUGAAAGAUAGGAGUUUAUCUCCAAGUAAGGAUAAAAUUAACCCUGAGGAAGGCCCUGUCAGAAAAUGGGAGAAGAGAUGGGUCCUACAGCCUAACGUACUUGACUUUGGAUCAGAGAUUUGGGUGAAGAAAUGGGUCUGUAUCCUGUACAACAAGAAUGUAGACACAGUUGCCUACCAGCCAACCAUGACCAUUAUUCCUCAAAGCAUGGAUUUUGGAAAUGAUGGGUAUACAAUAAAUGAUCCAAGUGAACAAGCAGAUUCUAAUUAUGAUAGAAAGGAAGACACUCAAAGGGAAGAUUCUUAUAGUUCUCAGUUCUUUGACUCAAAUGCUAUGGUAGAGACACCCAGGAAAAGACUCGUCUGCGAGUAUGAAGGAUGAAAUAAGACCUUUACAGAGCUAAGCGCUUUGAAAAAGCAUCAGUUAACUCAUGGAGAGAAGAACUUCCAGUGUCAUCAGUGAGGAAAAUAAGUUCCUUGAUAACUCUAAGCUCAAGAGACAUCUUCUUGUACACACUGGUGAAAAGCCAUUUGCUUGAAAAAUUUGAGGCAAGAGGUUCUCUCUUGACUUCAACAUGAGAACGCAUCUAAGAACCCAUACAGGAGAGAAGCCAUAUGUAUGCUCAUUUAAAGGUUGCAAUAAGAGAUUUACACAGAGUAGCAAUUUAGCCGCACAUGAAAAGACACAUCGAGACAAGGAAGCUAAGGUAAAGUAA